AUGACAGACAGUUACAAGUUCGAAGGGUACAAGUGGGAAGCUUUGUCAGAUGCAUAUCCUGAGCAUAGCGCUUAUCGGCGCUGGGUCCAGUCUUUCUUUGAUAACAUCAAUUGGAAUGCUCUGUGCAGAUUUGCUUCAGAGCUCAACGAUGGCAAGGAUUGUGCGGUGGAUCCACAGUGGACUAUUGGGGGACGCCACCUGAUCCGCAUUAUCAACUUCCAAGAUGGUUCACGUUGGAUUGCCAGGCUCCGAAUGACCACCCGUAUGAGCGAAGAUGAACAAAGUGGGCUGGUUCAAAGAGAAGUCGAUUGCCUCCAGUUAGUGAGAGAAAGGACUACUGUACCUGUGCCAACGGUCUUUGGCUACAUGGCGAGCACUCGAAACGAGAUUGGCGCGCCUUUCAUACUGAUGGACUGUCUAUUUGGCAAUAUUGGACCGGACCUGAAUGGUGACAUCGAUCAGGGUGUCCCCUCCCAACACAAGUCCUCGUUCUAUGCGGAAAUGGCAAUUCUUCAGACGGAGACGUCAUCCAUUAUGUUCCCCAAGAUUGGGGCUAUUAUUCGGCUAGCAGACGGCACUUACGACGUUGGCCCUCUCCCCGGAAUCGGUGGACCAUUCAGUACAGCAACAGAGUACCUAAAGGCCUGGGCAAAGGCUGCCGAGUUUCCUGACUUUUCGCAGGCCAAAGAAGCCUGUGGGGAGUACUACGACGAUGUGAUGUCUCAGAUCGCGGAGUUCCCUCAUAAGCUUGAGGAACUCGCUGCGAAUAUCCCUAUGCGAGAUCACGGUCCAUUCCCUCUUUUCCACAAAGAUUUUGGCCACAACAACAUUGUCGUGGAUGAUGACUACAAUGUACUCGGUGUCAUCGACUGGGAACAUGCGUGCUCAGUACCUUGGGAAUGUAUUUAUUUCCCAAUAACAUUGUCGCUAUUGCCGGCGCCGAUGGAUGCUCCGGAGAAUUAUGAUGAGAAUGGCAUAGCUAAAGGUGCGGACACUAGGUCCAUGAUCGAGGAGCGAACAAGGUACAUCGGUACAGUACAAGAGGCGGAACGAAGCAAAGGGCUAUCGUCCUGGCUGUCGGCCACUUUGGCGGAUCAAGGAAAUCAGGACCUUGGGUACGCAAUGAAGCUUUACACCGAGGACGGCAAGUUCGGCUUCUAUAACAAGAUUCUAGAUGUUCAUCACGAGAAGUGGAGUGGAGGGAAGAAAAAAAGCUGA